GUUCCCCCACUCUUAGUGAAAAGAGGAAAGGGAACUUUUUCGUUGGUGGGGGACCUGAGAUUUAGUAUAUAUUCUCGUGCACAGAGACUAAGCAUCACUCAUCGUUCAGUCCAUCAGCUGUAGUGCGCCCAGUCUUAGAAACCAACAAAUAUUAAAAAUGGGUUUUGCAAAAGCAAAAAAACUUCAAAAAGCUAACGAACGCAAAUCAUUGAAAGAUUUAAAAAGAAAAGUAGUUUAUAAAAUUACUAAAGUAGCGAGAUUUCCAACAUCAAAGUAUGGUCCAGCGCUAACAGUUGAAAUCAACAAUGAAAAUUAUGCAUAUCUACCAAAAAGAUUUGCUACACAUUUCAAUCAAGAUGAUCAAGAAUUUAAGGAGCUAGAAAAUGCUGUCAAGAAAGGAACACUAACCAUGGUUCUUGAUGGUGAAAAUAACCAAGAUGUAAUAUUAGAUGAUAGUACAUAUGAUCUACGUGAUUUCGAUGAUGAUGAGGAAAUGUGAAUAAAUAAAUAAAUAAAUACACUAAAUCAAAUUAUUUUCGUUUGUUUUUAUUUAAUUAAAACCAUAGGUUACAAUUAAUUUACGUUAACUUAUGUACUAUUCCACUUAUUGGUCUAUAUUCAAUUAUUUUAUCAUGUAAAAUUAAGCAAUAUGCUGUCGUUCCUUGAGGAAAAUUUUCUUUUGAUUCAAAUUCCAAGCGUACAUCUACAGCACCAGUCUUCAAAAACUCAUUUUGUUUACUACAAUCAAUAACAAUUAAUGGAGAUUUUUUAAUAAAAUUAUCUUUUGUUACUAAAUCUAUUUUUGAGCCAUAGUAAGACUCUGCAAAAUUAGCAUACAUAUCAUAUAAUAAAGCAAA